AUGGCUCUACCGCUGACCGUGAAGAAACCGGCCGACCCAACUACAGCUAACAAAGCUCCGACCCCGCCACAUAUCGUCUUUGUGAUGGUGGAUGAUCAGGGCUACAACGACGUGGGCUACCACGGCUCAGACAUUCGCACUCCUGUCCUGGACCAGCUGGCUGCUGAAGGGGUGAAGCUAGAGAACUACUACGUCCAGCCCAUCUGCUCGCCCUCUCGCAGCCAGCUCAUGACCGGGCGGUAUCAGAUCCACACGGGCCUUCAGCACUCCAUCAUCCGAGCACGCCAGCCCUUGUGCUUGCCCGCCGACAUUCCCACGCUGCCCGAGAGGCUGCGCCAGGCCGGGUACAGCACCCAUAUGGUGGGUAAGUGGCAUCUGGGCUUCUGCCGACGCAAGUGCCUGCCCACCAGCCGUGGCUUCCAGAGCUUCCUGGGCUCGUUUACGGGCAGUGGUGACCAUUUUAACUUCCAGAGCUGUGACGGAGCAGAGACCUGCGGCUUCGACCUGCAUGAUGGUGAGCGGCCAGCCUGGGAGCUGAGCGGCAACUACUCCACGUGGCUGUACACAGAGAGGGUAAAACGGAUCUUGAGGACUCACGAUCGGCUAAAACCUCUGUUUCUGUACGUCGCGCUCCAAGCCGCCCACACUCCCUUACAGGCUCCAGCUCGCCUCCUUCAGCGCUACGCUUCCCUGGGGAACCAGCUGAGGCGCCAUUACGCUGCAAUGCUAAGUGGUGUAGACGAGGCCGUCGGCGAGAUUGUGGCCGAGAUGCGCAGUCUAGGCUUCUACCGCAACUCGGUGCUUAUAUACUCCUCAGACAACGGAGGCCAGCCUCUCUCGGGGGGAUGUAACUGGCCCCUGCGUGGAGGGAAGGGGUCAUACUGGGAGGGAGGAGUACGAGCAGUAGGCUUUGUUCACAGCUCUCUUCUUAAAAAGAAAGGUAGAAUCAGCCACGCCCUGAUACACGUCUCAGAUUGGUACCCGACUCUUCUGAACCUGGCAGGAUGUCCUAAGAAAGACCCUCGGUCGCUGGACGGCUGUGACGUGUGGCCGGCCAUUAGUCAGGACCUGCCCUGCCCUCGCUCUGAAAUCCUGUUUAACAUCGACCCUGUGUCCCGGCCGCACGUAAAGCACGAUUCCAGGUCGUUGACAGAAAAUGGUUUUGGUCUGUGGGACACAGGAGUGCGUGCUGCAAUCAGAGUAGGAGACUGGAAACUCCUGACCGGGAACGUUGGAGACGGGGACUGGUUUCCUCCGCAGAUGUUACCUGGAGUUCCACAGCUGUGGCGGGGCUUGGAGAAAAGACAGGACAGGCUUAGGAAAACCGUCUGGCUCUUUAACGUAAGCGCCGACCCUUACGAGAGGCGCGACCUGGCGCAGGCUCGGCCUGAAGUGGUCAGGCUCCUGCUCUCGAGGAUCGCAGAGUACAACCGCACGGCCGUGCCACUGAGGAACCCUCCGGACGAUCCCAUGGCUGACCCCCGGCUCCACGGAGGAGUGUGGACACCGUGGUUGGUAAAGAAACCAAGACAAGACGGGCACAGCUGGGAGCCUAAGUUGAAAUCCUGCAAAGUCUGUAAGCUCAGAGCACUCUUUAGAAAGCUCGAUACCCAACUACAAAGAUCUGCUUUGUACUCUUAG